UCUAGGGACUUUGGUACGUCAACCUUCAGAAUCACCUUCUUGCCUUCAUUCUUAUAUGCCUGUGGCUUAAAUUAUUGAAUAUCUAGUUUGAAGCUACCACGCACCAGAUCGGAACAAGAAAAACAAUAAUAAAUUCGCUUAUUUACAAAAUAAUAAGAUGAGCCGCAAAGAAGCACUUUCUCAAUUUAUACAACAAAUUCAUGGCCGACCAGUUGUAGUAAAAUUAAAUAGUGGUGUUGAUUACAGAGGCGUCUUGGCAUGUCUUGAUGGGUACAUGAACAUCGCGCUUGAACAAACAGAAGAGUAUGUUAAUGGACAGUUAAAGAAUAAGUACGGCGAUGCCUUCAUUCGAGGAAAUAAUGUGCUGUACAUAAGCACACAGAAACGAAGGACAUGAAAUGUGAAAUUCCAAGUAUCGAAAACUGAUCAUAUAUAAUUAAGAUAACAAAAGAUAUAGAAGUAAAUAAUGGACUGUCAUAUUACAUUUCCUCAAAAUAAUAUUUAUUUGUAAUACAUGCUGUUCAUCUAUUUCUGUACCUAACCACAGACUUCUGCCAUUUCCGGUCAGAUCCGACAUGACGAAUGUAUAUUUUGGUUGUAUGGAAGUCAUUCCACAUCAAACAGUACAGUUUUGGGGCACAAUUAACAUUGAUAAUUUCAAACUUCACGAAAGACUAUAAAUAUGUUGGCGUAGUUCCGAAGUAAUUCCUCUUAAUAUCAUUCCCAGUUACUCAUACUCCAAAAUUUCAAGAAAACGGUAAAAUAGUCGUGCACGAGGAAUUUCAAACCGUCGUAUUUCCGGACCGAUUCAUCGUACAGAGUCCAGAUGGAGCUCAUUUCAAAGCUAAUAAUAUUACCCUGAAGUGCAUGUAUACGAAUUACAUGAAUUUCACUUCUCUCGUGACGAAACUGUUUUUUCAUCACAAUUAUUCGAAGGGAUUUUUCACCAUGAUCUGCAUUACCUAAAUCUCUGAAAAAAUACUAGUGUGUUCCUCAUUUGAUUUCCACUAAAACGUUAUAAAUGAAUUUUUGCAAAACAAUAUGGUGUAUGUAAAAAAUUAGAAAAUCUGGUUCUCUUUGUAUAGUCUAUGCACCGUAGCCUAUAUGCACAGACGAAGAUUCGGUAAAGUCAUUUAAAAAGGUUGAUUUCAUUAAAUCCCGUAAUCACUUAUUAUUUACAAUACUAUAAUAAGUAUACAUUCUUUUACAAUAAACAAAGUUUACGCAGUUAUUUUGAUUUCUGAUCGUGGCAUAAAAUCAAUGGGUCCAACAGCGUUCUGCGAUUGGCUUUGCUAAAAAUAAAUUGUUGCACGCAACUUCCCUUCUUUUUUGAGUCAACUGACCUACGAUCGAACAGAAAAAUAUUGUCGAUGGCGCCAAGAAGAUAUACUCUUAGGAAAACAAUAAAAUUGGCAAAUUAAUCAUAAAUCUUCUUCAAGUGCGUAGCAGAUAUAUGGUAGCAGAAUAUUUUAAAUAGCUGAAUUUCGACGAUAAAGUCUUAACGCGAUUACAGUUUUGGUAUGAAAUUUGAUAAAACACAAAAGGUACAAUUUUCUCAUUUCAAUAUCUCACAACCACAGCAAUGGCGGGUGAAUGCCUGCUUCUGCUUAUGUGUACAAAAAGUGCUACACGAAUUUUGGAAUUCUCUUUUUUCACGUUCGCCCCAUUGUUUCUCCAUCACGAAAAUUUCAAGAUCUAUUGAAAAUUGGACAAGGAACAAGCUGGUAUUUAUUUUCGAAUUUUGGAUCGCGUGAGUCAUGGUGAAAAAUUCACCAAAUAUAAACACUGCCGUCCAAAAGUUUGGGUACACCAGUCGAAAUGUCUUGCCGCACUCAAAGAUAGAUAGCGAACUCAAAAACAAAGAUAAUCAAACGUUCCAAGCGGUGGUUUAAAGAUGACAAAUUCAUUUGGCUUUUUUUUGGCCCCAGUACGUAUUUUUGAACAUGGCCGUUUUCCCGCUAUUUCUUAGCCGCUGGAAAUUAACUCCACAUCUUAGGGACAAAAAACAAAUACCGAACAAAUUGUUGAAAUAUUUGAAAAAAAAUUUUGAAAAAAUUGUCAAAAUAAUUUGAACAAAAGUAUUCAAAAAACAGUUUAAAUAACUUUUUUUUUUAAUUCUGCAAAACUUGUUGGAAUAAGUUUAAAAAAUCUGAAAAAUGGUACUCACUUAAAAAUGAAAAAGUAAACAAAUUCUCUUUCUUGAUACUUUGUCCCAUGCAGACUCCAUAAUUCUCAAAUCGAGCGCCUCCACUCAUCAGAGUCUCGACCCAAAACUACUUUUGAAAAAUUCAAGCUACUCUAGUGUGAGCCUAUGCAAUUUUUUACCUUCUUGACAUUUUCUCUGAAGCCCCCUAGUUAUUGAAUUACAGCUUUUUCCUAAAGCAUGUCUUUAUUAGUUAAAAAUACAAUACUGGA